AUGAUGGGCAUCACCAAACAACCAAAAAUUGCUACACAAUCCAUUGUUAUGAGAGGCGUUGGAAACUCUACAUCAGAAGAAGCAGAAAAGCAGGUUAAGAAUUGCCCAAAUCCUGAUGGGAUCAUGAUGGAACCCCAGGCAGCAUUACGGGAGGUCGAAAAGGCCAGAAGCGCAGUUCCGGUUUUCGUAAUUUCAUCAUAUGGCGCAUCUUUCGAAUCAAAUCUGUCCAAUUUGAAGCCAAGAAACGACCCGUCAAGUCUGAAAAUGUCCACUAUUUUUCCGACUUGGCCUCACAUCCUCUUUGCAGUCAUAGAGCCGAUCACACUCAUUGGAGGCUGGGCUCUCCCGUUCUGGGACCUCAAAGCGUUCAUUACAGAUCAAAUUCCUGGUCUCGCAGGUCCAGAAUCCGUCCAUCCAACCAGUGCAGCCCUCGCCUUCCAGCUAGCCAACCUCUAUGGUCUCCUCAGUAUCCUAGGCAUCGGCGUCUGCUACUCGACUACCGAGCCCAGGGUGCUGCGUAACUACCUCUAUGCUCUGGCCAUCGCUGAUGUGGGCCACAUCUAUGUGACGUAUCGUUGCAUGGGCCAUGACAGAUUUGUCGACGUUAUCAACUGGAAUGUUUUGACCUGGGGAAACAUUGGGAUCACCGGCUUUCUGAUGAUCAAUCGAAUUGCUUAUUUGGCGGGGUUGUUUGGAGACGCGAAGGGAGCGGCGAAUAAAAUUGAAAAACGGGUUUGA